UUAUCAUAUAAGGAAUGUUUCAAAAGAGGAAAAAAAGAAAAACAAUCAAGUCAUGAUUCUCUGCAUCGGACACACCUUGUAGAACCGUUGGAUCCUAAUCACCUUGAUGGUUACACUUAUCCCUAACAAAAUUUCCAUAUAACCAAAAUUGAUAAAGAUUUUCACCCACACACAAAUAUCACGUCCAGAUUCAGAACGUUGAAACCAAACGUGAACCUAGGAGAAAAACAUAAAUAGGGGUUUGUUCCAAUAUAUUUGCACAUUCUCCUCUGUUUCUCUCUCUCAUUUUUCUCCCUAACUUUUUUCAGUUCAUUCUUUGCGUCUUUCAUUCCAAUAACAUAUGGCGGAUACAUUGGUUAAUUUUUCCAACAACAUACGUAGCCACGAAAACAACGUUGUUGAUGACAAAGACAUCAAGAAAUUGAGUGGUACCCACCAUGAUGUCAACCCAGCCGCCGCACUAGCCAAAGUCCGUCAUGAAUUUGGUGAACAUGGCGGAGUCAACAUGUCGAUCGAGGCUUCCGCCACGUUCACCGUCAUGGAUCCAGAUACUCUCCGACGAAUAUUCGCCGGAGAGCUUGGUCCUGAAAAUGAUUAUUUUGUUUACAGCCGUCAUUUCAACCCCACUGUCCUCAAUCUAGGCCGUCAGAUGGCAGCACUCGAAGGCACCGAGGCUGCCUACUGUACGGCCAGUGGCAUGUCCGCCAUUGUGGCUGUUCUGUUACAGCUUUUGAGCAAUGGCGAACAUGUGGUGGCUUCGAGUACCCUCUAUGGUGGGACUCACUCGCUCCUCACACAUUUCUUUACGAGGACGUGCAACAUAACCACAACUUUUGUUGAUGUUGCGGAUUUGGAAGAGGUGGAGAAUGCAAUUGUGGAAGGGAAGACAAAAGUCCUUUAUUUUGAGUCUAUUGCGAAUCCAAGUUUGAAGGUGGCAAAUAUUCCGGAGCUAGCAAGAAUUGGACACAAAAAGGGAGUGACGGUUGUUGUUGACAACACAUUUGCUCCAAUGUUGCUUUCUCCUGCUCGUCUUGGUGCCGAUGUUGUUGUUCACAGUGUCUCCAAGUUUAUCAGUGGUGCUGCUGACAUUAUUGCAGGAGCUGUGUGUGGAUCUGCAAGCUUUGUGAAUUCAAUGAUGCACACUCAAGAAGGGGCCAUAAUGCUUAUGGGCCCAACAAUGAAUCCAAAGGUAGCCUUUGAACUAUCAGAGAGAAUCCCACAUUUGAGUCUUAGAAUGAAAGAACAUAGCAACCGUGCAUUGGUAUUUGCAACUAGGCUUAAGAAAUUAGGAUUAAGGGUGAUCUACCCUGGCCUUGAAGACCAUCCACAACAUGAAUUGUUGAAAUCUAUUGGCAACAAAGAUUAUGGAUAUGGUGGAAUACUUUGCCUUGAUAUGGGGACAGUUGAAAAGGCUAACAAAUUCAUGAGUUACUUGCAAAAUUAUACUCAAUUUGGUUUUAUGGCUGUUAGUUUAGGGUACUAUGAGACCUUAAUGUCUUGCUCUGGGAGUAGCACAAGUAGUGAAAUGAAUGAAGAGGAACAAAAACUUGCUGGAAUCACACCUGGACUAAUAAGGAUGUCAAUUGGAUACAUUGGAACAUUGGAGCAGAAGUGGAGUCAGCUGGAAAAAGCAGUUCUUAAAUUUAUUAAUGAAAAACAUUAGUUCAUUUUUCAUGCUUUUAGGUGGCUUAAUUAGUGAUGAUGAAAGAUGUUCGACAAAAUGGGGUUAUGAUUAUGAAUAAGGAAAAAAUAAUUAUUUUUGUUUUAGCUCGGUAGGGGGAGGGAGGGAGAUCUGAUAUUCCAUGUAGCACAUUAUGUUGGUUGGCUAUAUUAAUUUUAAAUUAAUUAAAAAUAAGUUUAAAUUCAGAUUUCAUCACUCUCUUUUGUAAAAUCCGCAAUUUCAAUUUUAAUGAUUUUUUUUUUUUUGACAGUUCAAUUUUAAUGAUGUUGUACUGUGAACUAUAUGUUUAUGUGACUACAAAAUCAUAUUUAAUUAUUAUUUUUAAUUUCUUAAA